CACUAUGUCGGUAAUACUAACUGAAGUUACCUCUUUAAUCGAGUGGAAGAUUUGUCCCAAGCACAUCAAAUUUGAUAUUAGUGAAGAAGAGCAGAAUAAAAGCAAAAUAAAUUUUUAUAAGAGUGGAUUUCCAGGUGUGGUGGGUUGUGUGGAUGGCACUCAUGUGCACAUUUCAGCACCUGAAAAGGAGCUGCAACACCUAUACAUAAACAGAAAAGGAUUUUUCAGUAUAAACGCGUUAAUGGUUUGCGAUUUCAAUAUGAACAUAACUUAUGUCGAUGCCACGCCACGCAUGAUUCCUUCAUAUGGAAUAAUAUUACGCUCAAGGAAAUUAUCUCGAAUAUCACAGGAGAAAAUACAUGGCUUUUAGGUGAUGCUGGGUUUCCGUUGGAGACAUAUCUGAUGACUCCAUUUCGAGUCGCAGUAAGUGGUAGUCCAGAAAGCAAAUACAACAAAGUACACUGCAAGGCGAGAAACAUUAUAGAACGGACUUUUGGCGUUUUAAAAUCAAAAUUUAGAUGCCUAUCUUCUGAGCGCGGACUUCACUAUGCACCACAGAAGGCAACUGCCAUCAUAAAUUCGUGUUGUGCCGUUUACAAUAUUGGACGUCGCUUUGAUUCACGUUUUGAAGAACCCAGUAUAGAAGCCGAGACUAUAGAGACAGAUUUAAAUUCUGAUUUUGAAACAAACAGCCAUAAUAUUCUAGCACAAGAAAUAAGAAAUAACUUGAUGAAUUCUUUCAUACAAUAAAAUCUCUUUAUUGAUAUA